UUCCCAGGGUCUCCAUUCCAUUCCUUCCCGCUGUGUGUGAGAGAGAGUGAGGAAGGAACCGACGACCCUCUCUCACAUGGCGUCGUGAUUUUGGCAGUUUUCUUCCUUCCAGAUCGUGGGUCUUGCAAAUUUGGACUAUUUCUACUGUUCUAUUCCUUGGGGCUACGUCACACUGGCUGUUGAUGGCUUCUGGAGAAAAUUCGUCAAAGCUUGCCGAGAGGAUUCAGAUGAUGUUAGUGGCUCUUGGAUGUUGAGUGACUCAAGCCUUUGAGCAAUUUUUUUUUUUGGGGGGAGGGGUCUUUGAAGAGGUAAGUGAGUGACUUUCGGAAGGCGUGUAAUGAAUUUUGAGGAGGACCAUCGAGAUUUAUGCGUGGAUUUUACUCUUGACUCUGAGUCGCUGUGGUUGAUUAUUUCGAAUUGACUAAGCGGAGACGUUGUUUCCUGGGGUUAAAUUUGGUGAUACAGUUCGUUCGAACAGAAGAGCACGUUCUUAUCCGAUUCUGGUUUGUGGAUCAUGGUAGAAGCAGAUAAUAGUGUAGUCUUCAGAAGUUAUUCAAACGGCGUUGCUCUGUGAAUUUGGUUGUGGUUGUUUUCGCUUAGCGCAUCGUGAAAAUGACAGGGGAAUUGAGGUUGUGGGCUUGUUCUGAAUAACUCGUGAAUUGAGCUGAGAAGAACAUCACGCUAGAAGUGAAGAGAGAAAUGGGGGCCAUUGAUGGAGAACAAAUGAUCAAAUGGGAGAAGAUGCAUGGUGUGAGUGGCCGUGAAGAGAAGAUUCUUGUGUCAGUAAGGUUGAGGCCUUUGAGUGAUAAGGAAAUUGCUGUCAAUGAAGUGGCAGAUUGGGAAUGCAUCAAUGAUACUACCAUAUUGUACCGGAAUACCCUGCGGGAGGGUUCCACAUUUCCAAGUGCCUACACAUUUGACAGAGUGUUUCAAGGUGACUGCUCCACAAAGCAGGUAUAUGAGGAAGGAGCUAGAGAAAUUGCUCUUUCAGUUGUUAGUGGCAUUAACUCGAGCAUAUUUGCUUAUGGACAAACAAGCAGUGGAAAGACAUACACUAUGAAUGGAAUAACCGAGUAUUCUGUAGCAGACAUUUUCGACUAUAUAAAUAGACAUGAAGAAAGAGCAUUUGUAUUGAAGUUCUCAGCAAUUGAAAUUUAUAAUGAAGUUGUCAGAGACCUUCUUAGCACAGACAACACUGCAUUAAGGCUUCGGGAUGAUCCUGAGAGAGGAACCAUUGUAGAGAAACUCACAGAAGAAACUCUACGGGACUGGGCACAUUUGAAAGAGCUCCUGUCUUUUUGUGAAGCCCAGAGACAGGUUGGAGAGACAUACCUGAACGAAAAGAGUUCGAGAUCUCACCAAAUUAUUAGACUGACUGUUGAAAGUUCUGCCCGAGAAUUCUUGGGCAAAGGCAACUCAACCACCUUAGCAGCCAGUGUGAAUUUUGUUGAUUUGGCAGGGAGUGAGCGUGCAUCUCAGGCAUUAUCAGCUGGAACGAGAUUGAAAGAAGGAUGUCAUUACUUAAACUUUUCCAUCUUUUUCCUUUUUUUUAAAUCAGUUUCCAUUGACAAUUUGAUUGGAUGCAGUAAGGAGAGACAGGGCCACGUCAACUACAGGGAUUCCAAGUUGACUCGCAUACUGCAGCCUUGCUUGGGUGGAAAUGCAAGAACAGCCAUCAUUUGCACUUUGAGCAGUGCUCGAAGCCAUGUCGAGCAAACUAGAAACACACUUCUUUUUGCUUGUUGUGCUAAGGAAGUGACCACUAAAGCACAGGUUAAUGUAGUGAUGUCUGAUAAGGCCUUGGUUAAGCAUUUACAAAAGGAGGUGGCAAGAUUGGAGAGCGAGCUGAGAACUCCUACACAUGCUGCCUCCAACUGCGAUUAUGCAGCAUUGCUGAGAAAGAAAGACCUCCAGAUUGAAAAGAUGGAAAAGGAGAUUAGGGAGCUAACCAAGCAGCGUGAUCUUGCACAGUCUCGUGUUGAGGAUUUGCUACGGAUGGUUGGAAAUGACCGUAAAUCUGCAAAAGAAGUGGAUGAUACCUGGGAGGAUGAGUGCUCAGUGUCAGAGUCAUCAAGCAUUUAUGGCCCUCAUCAUGAUUUACGCUUUAGAGAGUUCAGCAACCCUCACUUUAAUGAAGGAUACAAUGGAAUUAAUCCUGAAGGGUCCAAUCAUCAAUCUAAUGAGUACACUGAUGAAUAUUGCAAAGAAGUUCAAUGUAUUGAGAUGGAUGACUCCAACAGAGAUAACUCAGAGUAUAUUGAUUCAUCAAGAACUGAUAACGGGAUCUUGGCACAACCAAUGCCUGGAGAGGGUGAUACUGGUCAGGAAAUGAUGGGUCCUCUUCACGAAGAAAGGGAAACCAGCCAAAUCCAAGACAAUUCAGAAGAUGUUGCUCUGGAGCCGAGAUUGAAUGAUGCACAAAUGACCAUUGGUUCAUCAAAUUCUAGGAACGUUAAGUUAACAAGGAGCUGGAGUUGUACAGAACAUCUCAUGACUGGAUCUCCUGAGUGGUUAGGGGAAACAGAGAGCACACCGGCUAAUGGGUUUGCGAAAGGCUUCCUAGGAAGACCAGAAGGUUUACGGAGAAAGUUACCUCCAUUAAUUUAUGGUGAUGCCACAAGGUUGUCAAGGAAUGAUUCUCAGUCUUCUAUUGGAACACCCUCCAGAGACGAGUUAAGGGCAAACAGCAUGAGAACAUCUGCUGAUGAGGAUAUCACUAGCGUCCGAACUUUUGUUGCUGGGAUGAAGGAAAUGGUUCAGAAGAAUGUGAAAGAUGUAGGCAUAGACCCAAUGUUAGAGGCACCUGAAACUCCUUUAGAUUGGCCUCUACAAUUCAAGAGACAGCAAAAGGAGAUAUUCGAAUUGUGGCAAGCUUGUAGUGUAUCGCUGAUUCAUAGGACAUACUUCUUUCUUCUGUUCAGGGGUGAUCCAACAGAUUCCAUUUACAUUGAGGUAGAGCUUCGAAGACUGUCUUUCCUCAGGGAAACAUUUUCUCAUGAAAAUAAGAACGUGAAGGAUGGACAGAUAGCCACACUUUCUUCCAGUGAGAGGUCUCUUUGCCGGGAGAGGGAAAUGCUCGUCAAGCUUAUGAGAAGGCUUUCUGAGGAAGAGAGGAGAAGUCUGUUCAAGAAGUGGGGUAUUGGAUUGGAUUCAAAACGCAGGAGGAUGCAGCUGGCGAAGCGUUUAUGGAACAACACUGAUAUGAACCACAUCAUAGAAAGUGCUUCUGUGAUUGCAAAGUUGGUGAGGUUCUCAGAACAGGGGAAGGCUUUUAAGGAGAUGUUUGGGCUUAGCUUCUGCACGCCCUGUCAGACAAGGAGAAGAUCUUAUCCUUGGAAAAAUAGUAGAGCAUCACUUCUGUAGGCUUUGAUAUUUGGUAUCUAUCUGACGCAUUCUUUGUUAAUGGGAGUGAAACUGUGGCCUAAAUUUAUUGUUUGAAAUAGAGUUGUGCUUUCCGGUCCCCAAAAAAAAAAAAAAAAAGAGUUGUGCUUGGUUUUUCUGCCUGGUUUAGCUGCUUCACUUAGGCAUGGUGAGCGUGGUCUCUAGUUUUGUUGUGCCACUUCACGUGUAAUGUAUCAGUUAAUAUACCUUCAAAUUUGUAGGAUUUGCCGACUGAUUAAUCCCCCUCCUUGGUAAAA